GCCGCUCUUCUUCACGUGUGCGUGACCUCGUGGCAUUUUCGGCGUUCUCUUGAUGUUCUCAUCGCCGGCACCUUCCCCGUCUGUGUGUGUGUGCGCUGAAGCGACGGUGAUGACGGGUUUGCGAUGAGCAGUCGCCGGGCCUCCGUCGGCUGCUGGGCCGCCGCUCGCCGGUUGAGGUGCCCGUGCACCACGUUCUCCUCCCAGCGUGUGAUGAGUCCGCAGCGAUGUCUCAAGCCAUGAAGGAGUACAGGCUGAAGAAGAUCGAGACGCUGGGCAAGAUGACGGCCAUGUCGCAGGAGGACAUAGUGAGCAACACCAAGACGGUCAUCCAGGGUCUGGAGGCCCUGCGCAAUGAGCACAACACGAUCCUGACGGGGCUGCGCAGCUCGGUGCAGGCGGUGCAGCAGUCGCAGCAGGACAACAAGGCCAGCCUGGUGGCCGAGGAGAAGGCCCAGCUUGUGCAGAAGAGCCUCGAGGCACUCGAGCUGGGACUGGGCGAGGCGCAGGUCAUGGUCGCACUAGCAUCGCACCUCCAGGUGAGAAACGCGAGGGUGACCCGCCCCUCGACCUGGGCUUCCCGGACGACGAGGAGAACAACCAGGAUGCCCUGUCCCCACCGGGAGGAGGGGUCGGCAUGGGACCCAUGGGGACCUCGGGGGGAGGAGGCUCGGCAGGCUACGAGAUCCCGGCUCGGCUGAGGACGCUGCACAACCUGGUGAUCCAGUAUGCGUCGCAGGGCCGCUACGAAGUGGCCGUGCCCCUGUGCAAGCAAGCCCUCGAGGACCUGGAGAAGACCAGUGGCCACGACCAUCCGGAUGUGGCCACCAUGCUGAACAUCCUGGCACUUGUCUACAGGGACCAGAACAAGUACAAGGAGGCGGCUGCCCUGUUGAAUGACGCGCUGGCCAUCCGGGAGAAGACUCUGGGCGAGAGCCAUCCGGCCGUGGCGGCCACCCUCAACAACCUGGCCGUGCUGUACGGCAAGCGGGGAAAGUACCGCGAUGCCGAGCCCCUGUGCAAGCGUGCCCUGGACAUCCGAGAGCGGGUGCUGGGCCGAGACCACCCCGACGUUGCCAAGCAGCUCAACAACCUGGCCCUGCUCUGCCAGAACCAGGGAAAGUACGAGGAGGUUGAGCGCUACUACCAACGGGCACUGGACAUCUAUGAGCGGACACUGGGCCCCGACGACCCGAACGUGGCCAAGACUAAGAACAACCUGGCAUCGGCGUAUCUCAAGCAGGGCAAAUACAAGGAGGCCGAGCUGCUGUACAAGCAGGUGCUGACACGCGCACACGAACGGGAGUUUGGCUGCGUGUCGGGCGACAACAAGCCCAUCUGGCAGCUGGCCGAAGAACGCGAGGAGAACAAGAGUCAACGUCGUGACAACGCCCCCUAUGGCGAAUAUGGUGGAUGGCACAAGGCAGCCAAGGUCGACAGCCCAACUGUGGCUACCACACUGAAGAAUCUGGGAGCCCUAUAUCGACGACAGGGCAAGUACGAGGCAGCUGAAACGCUGGAGGACUGUGCCCUUAGGGCGCGCAAGGAGGCUCUGGAUCAGCGGCAUGGCCGGUCGAUGCCCUACCUGGACUUCUCAACGCACAAGGACAAGAGGCAGAGUGGCAGCGGCAAGUCGGGAUCGCGGAGGGGAUCGCGCGAGUCUCUCGACAGCGUCAACUACGACGGCCAGCCGCAGGACGAGAUGCGCAGUGUUAUGCUAGGAUCGUACGACGAACUGAUGGUUGCUGAGAAAUUUAAUGGCCGAUUGAAGCGGAGCAGCUCGCUGGGCAAGCUGCGGGCUUCCAUCCGCCGCGGCAGUGCAAAGCUGGUGCAGAGGCUCAGGGGCAGCGACUUUGCCCACGACGAUGAUCUCGCCGCACGAAUGAAGCGCGCCAGUUCCAUGUGCGCCCUUAGUACAGACCCUCAGGCCAAGAGCAACUUGAUAAACAUGCGCCCACGCACCGCAAGCUCGGACCAGCUUCGCUCCUCUAGCAAGGGGGAUCUCUAGCAAGCUGCCAAGUACCAGUCAUCGCCCGGUGCAGCUUUCGCUUUUUAAUGACUGGUGGGGGGAUGGGUGGGGCGGCAUUUUCUUCAGCAACGCACACCACUGGAUGAGGAGUCUGCAAAGUUGGCAUCCUUGGAACACAUCUAGCCGGAAGAACGGACGAUGGGCCCUACUCGGAGGCAGCGCGUCAGUGUAGUAUUUAUGGUGUGGACGGAUGAGCGCUGUUUCCAACCGCUAGCGCAUUGUUGCUUAUGUGUAAUCCAUGCGCACGGCAGCUAGGCUUCUUAGUGGCAUUGCUUUAGGCUGGGUGGUUGCAGCGCGUGAAAAGAAAGUAGCAGCCCUUUCUUGUUGGCUGUCCAAAGAGAGAAGUGCAGGGUAUAAUUGGGCGGCUUGGUGUCGGCCAAGUCGGCGUACGUUUGCCUAGUUUAUUUCCUACUCUUUCUGGAUUGUAGAAGACAGGCCAUUUUGAGAUGUCUGGAUGGCAGUGUCCACUGUCGCACGAAUAGCAUGCUAAAUUUCACUUUGAAGGCUUUUGUCUCGCGAUCAUUCUAGGACGUUUCUGUGUUUCACCCGUGCUGGUGCUUUGUUCACAAAACCUUGAGACAUCUUAGAUGUGCUCUCUGUAGAUUUGUUGUUCACUACUGCAAUUAUGUGUAUGUGCACCAGAUGUUGGCCUGGCCCCUUCAGUUGUUUUUGUGGAUAGUUUUUCAGGAAUGGUGGGAAAAUUCAGAUAUUCGCCGUAUUUUUAAUUGUAUUGUGCUUGUCGAGCGAAAGGAGCCAAGUAUGCGUAGAUUCCUGCUGCAAAAGGAUGUUGCUGCUUUGAUUAGGUGGGCUAAUGUGGAGAUAGUGACAUAUUGUACUUACUUUUACCCUAAUUUCUUUAUAAAAUUAGAGAAUAUAGAUCAUUAGAUCAUUAGAUGGCAACCUUAGAUUACACUAGACUUGCUGCAAUCUGAACACCCGUGAGGUUGUUAACUGAUCGUUUUUGGGAGUGCUUCAUUUUGCAUUAAUUUCAGAAACAGCACCGCUAUCAUUUUAUGCAAAAAUGUGCUCCUACUUCCAUAGUUUAGAAUAGUGGUAGGUGCCAGUGCCGACAAUUAGCUUGUAUUCUGACUACUCCACUUUCCACAUCUUUUAAAUUCUUUCAAGUCAAUGUGAGCCUUUGAAGUGGGUUAAAAACAUUUACACUAUAAAGGCACAAGCAUCGAAAAUGAACUCAUGAUCUAUUGUAUCGCAGCAUAUUCUGAGGUACUUUCAUAUUUUGCAAAUUGCUACUGAAGCACGCUCUUCAUUGCUGCUCGCUCUAGUGAAUUUAGUAAAAAUAGGCAGUGAAGUGCAUGUCAGUGUAGGCACUUUCACAUUUUCUAAAUAGCCACCUGAAAUGUGCGUUUUGCAACUUGCUUAUGAAUUUUGCGAAAUUUGUUGAUGAAAUGUAUGUUAAUGGGACUGUAGAUUGUUGAGUGAGUGAAUGAGUGUUACAACCACAAAAUGGACUGUACGGACCAUGUGUAAUUACUGCUGGCAGAGACUGAAGAAGUAUGUGCUGUUAAUAGUGCGGUAACACCCAGAUAAAAAAAGUACACACCGUGAUAAGGUUUUAAUUCCUGCAUGUGCAAAAACUUUUAUGUCUAUGUAACAGAGUUAGUCGCUAUUGGUUCUCACUAAUAAAGGAAAUCAUUUGUAAAUUUGGAUCUAGAUAACUACAGUACGCCUGCACAUUUUUAAAGACGACAACUGGUGAAAAUGACACCUGUGCCACGAGGCAUAGCACAUUCUCAUCUUGUUGACCUUGUGAAAAGUGAGGACACUGCCGGCUCUGCGUGCUGCACAUGCUUCGUUGUGGAAGCAUGCUGCAUGACAUACGAGCCCUCUUGUCCGCAUAGUGCUGUGCACACGAAGAGCAAAAACAAAGCUUUAAUCUCACAUUAAAACAUCAGCUCAUUGCUUCAAUGAAUUCUCCCAUUAUACUUGAAAAGUUUGUCGUAGUAAUGCAGUGGUAUUGUGGUCUGUGGCUCUGUGCAAAUUGUAGAAAAAAAGCACUUCUUGUAUUACGACAUUCCAUCCAGCCAUCUGGUGCUCGUGAUAUCAAUAUUUUAGCUCUCGCACUUUAAGGGGUAUUCAGACGGGGGAGAAAUGCUCGGGGGAUAAAGGCGGAACCUAGUGACGUCAGCUCGCGAAGAGAAGUUUCCACAAAUGCCACACGGACGAGGCGAACGGAGGGGGAGACCAGUGUUACUGGACUACUCUGGUGGCUUGCACCACCCGUUUGACGAGUUGCUGACGACGAGCUGCAGACGACCAUGUAGCUGCAGACUGUACACCCGCUGCCGCUCUUUGCAGGAGCAAGUGCAACUAUGUGGCCAAACAACAGCCCGAAAUUAUAUCCCCCACCACUGGGGGAUCGUUUGUCCUUUCGGGGAAAAUGUCCCCGUCUCCCCCGAGGAGGCGCGGGGGGGGGGGUCACGGCCACUCGCUAAUCCGCGACGUCGCGGUCACGUGAUCCCCAAUCCCCUCGUCUCCCCCGAGCAUCUCUCCCCCAUCUGACUACCCCUUUAGCCGUGUUCCUGCUGUCUCGGCCUUGUCAGAGUGAAAAGGAUUGCACAUUUCAACACAUUUCAAUGACGCUUCAAGGAAGGUGAAUCAUUCCGAGGCCUCACUGCAGCAGAAGACGCACUUUGAAGUAAAUAACAUGACAUUUUACGUUGAUCACGGCAUUUCAAGUUGAAAGCCACAAGGUGCACCUCUGAAUUCUGUUACUGGAACUUGUUCUCUUGUAGAAACACCAGUGGACGUAUGUUACACCGGUAAGAUACACUAGCGAGAGAAUAGCCACGGCCAGUAGCAGCCUGAAGCACUUACCAACCCUGUAAGCAUCGGCUGUUUGUGAAUUAAGUUUGUACACCACAUUGCAUGCAUGCCUUGUUAUGCUACAGCAUCAACUGCAUCCUGCCAUGUUGUUGGCCAUGAUGAAGAAAUGUCAGGCCAGCUUUUGUGUAACUUCUUGACACGAAGAGUGCUUGCAGUGUUUUGAGGACAUUCCGUUUCAAGAAAUCGUGGAGUUCGAUGAUCUGAGACGUAUUGUUUGUCGACGGGGGCUUUGCUGCAAAAUAAUCCGUGGAAAGCGGGCAGAUGCCUCUUUGCUUGGUUCCUAUUGAUGUCGCUGCAGACGGACGUGGCGAGGUGCUCGCCAUGACUUUGCAGGAAGAGCAGGACAGUUUGGUCUUUCGUCAUUUUUGUUGUUAUUUAUUUUGUUAUUACCUUUUUCCCCCCUUUGUUUUAACAUGUUGACGAUCGCUGUGUGCUCUUGUUUAGGCAUGGAUGUGAAUCUUUUUUUUGCACCAUGCGCUGUAAGCACGCUGUGCUAUCUUGCGUGCAGCGUCACUUGUGGGACAAGAGAAGCUGUACAGAUUUUACAUAUGCGCCUGCGUGAGCUGUUUUUUUCUUACAUGUGUGUCUUUGUGUGCAUUUGUACGAGAAUAAAAAGUGUAAUACACAAAA